AUGAUUUUUUAUGACUUUCGAUGUCAUCUAAGUCAACAAGAAAGUUAUGAUAGACUACGAUUGGUCUUCCACGAUGAAGCCCCGUCUCAUGCCACUGUUUACAACUGGUUUAAUGAGUUUAAACGUGGUCGCACUAAUUUCACCGAUGAUUUGCGUGAGGGACGGCCUCCUACGGCGACAACCGAAGAUAACAUCAGUGUUGUGCGGCGUAUGAUAGAGACUGACAAAAGAGUGACCUAUCAGCAGAUCCGGGCAAGCUUAAGGAUUGGUAUGAGUCAAGUGCACAAAAUCCUCCAUGAACAUUUGGCGGUCAGGAAGCCUUGUGCCCGGUGGAUACUUCAUAAUUUCACUGAGGCUCAAAAACUCCGUCGGGUUGAUUAG